GCCCCACUGCCACUGGCUCUCCACUUGUUGCUUUGCAACUCGGUGACUAACCAAGACGUCUUUUUAUUCGCUCCCCCCCUCAAAGCUCUUUUUGGAUAAUUUCCUAGAAGAGCCCAAUUUUAAACACAUCUACUUGAUAGGAAGCGACAGAAAGGCAGCAUGUCAGCUGAAACACCAGUCACACUGAAUAUUGACCCCCAGGAUCUGCAGGUCCAAACAUUCACUGUAGAGAAGCUACUGGAGCCUCUCAUAAUCCAGGUGACUACACUUGUAAAUUGUCCCCAGAAUCCUUCUAACAGGAAGAAAGGAUGUUCCAAAAGAGCCAGAGUUCUUCUAGCUUCUGUGGAGGAAGCAACUUGGAAUUUAUUAGACAAGGGAGAGAAGAUCGCCCAGGAAGCCACUGUUCUAAAGGAAGAGCUGACUGCUACGCUGGAGCAAGUUCGCAAAGAAGGCGAAGCUCUGAAAGUAUCAGCGGAGAGAUUUGCAGAUGACCCCUGCUACCUCCCCAAAAGGGAGGCUGUGGUUCAAGCUGCCCGUGCCCUGCUGGCUGCCGUUACCAGACUCCUCAUCCUGGCAGACAUGAUUGAUGUCAUGUGUCUGCUGCAGCACGUGUCAGCUUUUCAAAGGACAUUUGAAUCUCUUAAAAAUGUUUCCAACAAAUCUGACCUCCAGAAAACCUAUCAGAAGCUUGGGAAGGAGCUGGAAAAUUUGGAUUAUUUAGCCUUCAAACGUCAGCAGGACUUAAAGUCUCCAAAUCAGAGGGAUGAAAUAGCCGGCGCCCGGGCCUCAUUGAAGGAGAACUCCCCGCUCUUGCAUUCAAUUUGUUCAGCUUGUUUGGAACAUUCUGAUGUUGCUUCCCUCAAAGCCAGCAAGGACACAGUUUGCGAAGAAAUUCAGAAUGCACUCAACGUAAUAUCGAAUGCUUCACAAGGCAUCCAGAAUGUGCUGGCCCCUCUGGAACCUCAGGCAGCAACCCUGGGAAGUGCCCUUGAUGAGCUUGAGAAUUUAAUUGUCUUGGAUCCACUGACAGUGACUGAGGAGGAAAUAAGACCAUCCCUAGAGCAACGCCUUGAAGCCAUCAUCAGCGGGGCUGCUCUGUUGGCCGACUCUUCCUGCACCAGGGAUUUCCAUCGGGAGCGGAUCAUCGCAGAAUGCAACGCCAUUCGCCAGGCUCUGCAGGACCUGCUUUCCGAGUACAUGAACAACACCGGAAAAAAGGAAAGGAGUAAUACCCUGAAUAUUGCAAUAGACAACAUGUGCAAGAAGACAAGAGACCUUCGAAGACAGCUCCGUAAGGCUAUUAUAGAUCAUGUGUCAGACUCCUUUCUGGAUACGACAGUCCCACUUUUGGUUCUCAUCGAAGCUGCCAAGAAUGGUCGAGAAAAGGAAAUAAAAGAAUAUGCUGCGAUAUUUCGUGAACACACCAACAGGCUUGUAGAAGUGGCAAAUCUUGCUUGUUCCAUGUCAACAAAUGAAGAUGGAAUUAAAAUUGUCAAAAUUGCAGCCAACCACUUGGAAACUUUGUGUCCACAGGUUAUUAAUGCUGCACUUGCUUUGGCUGCAAGACCCAAAAGUCAAGUGGUCAAAAAAACCAUGGAAAUGUACAAGAGCACAUGGGAGAAUCAUAUCCAUGUCCUCACAGAAGCUGUGGAUGACAUUACAAGCAUUGAUGACUUCCUUGCUGUAUCUGAGAGCCACAUCUUAGAAGAUGUCAACAAAUGUAUCAUAGCCCUGAGAGACCAGGAUGCUGAUAAUUUAGACCGAGCUGCCGGUGCUAUCAGAGGACGGGCAGCAAGAGUGGCUCACAUUGUCACAGGUGAAAUGGACAGUUACGAGCCAGGCGCUUACACUGAAGGUGUGAUGAGAAACGUUAACUUCCUUACAAGUACUGCAAUUCCUGAGUUUGUGACACAAGUGAAUGUCGCCUUGGAAGCCCUAAAUAAGAACUCUUUGGAUGUGUUUGAUGACAAUCAAUUUGUGGACAUCUCAAAGAAGAUCUAUGAUACAAUUCAUGAUAUCAGAUGUUCAGUCAUGAUGAUUCGGACCCCAGAGGAACUAGAGGAUGUCUCUGACCUGGAAGAGGAUCAUGAGGUCCGCAGCCACACCAGCCUUCAGACCGAAGGAAAAACUGACCGGGCUAAGAUGACUCAACUGCCUGAGGCAGAGAAGGAAAAGAUUGCUGAGCAAGUUGCUGAUUUCAAGAAAGUAAAGAGUAAGCUGGAUGCUGAGAUUGAAAUAUGGGAUGAUACAAGCAAUGAUAUUAUUGUUCUGGCCAAGAAGAUGUGUAUGAUCAUGAUGGAGAUGACAGACUUCACCAGGGGCAAAGGACCACUAAAGCACACGACUGAUGUGAUCUAUGCAGCUAAAAUGAUAUCAGAAUCAGGAUCAAGGAUGGAUGUCCUUGCUCGACAGAUCGCCAACCAGUGUCCAGAUCUGUCAUGCAAACAGGACUUGUUGGCUUACCUAGAACAGAUUAAAUUCUACUCUCACCAACUGAAAAUCUGCAGCCAAGUUAAAGCUGAGAUCCAGAGUCUGGGGGGAGAGCUCAUCAUGUCAGCCUUGGACAGCGUCACCUCCCUAAUCCAAGCAGCCAAAAAUCUAAUGAAUGCUGUCGUGCAAACAGUGAAAAUGUCUUACAUUGCCUCAACCAAGAUCAUCCGAAUUCAGAGUCCUACUGGGCCCCGGCACCCAGUUGUGAUGUGGAGAAUGAAGGCUCCGGCAAAAAAGCCCUUGAUUAAAAGAGAGAAGCCAGAAGAAACUUGUGCAGCUAUCAGGCGAGGCUCCGCAAAGAAAAAAAUCCACCCAGUGCAGGUCAUGAGUGAAUUUAGAGGGAGACAGGUCUACUGAAACCACUAUUUUACUCUAUGUCUAUAUUAAAAAGUCCUGGCUAAACACACUGCUUUAACUUUACACUUGGUUCAUACUGUAAAUUCACUGUCUUUUAGAGUUUAAGCCACAAGGAAUAUAAAACAUUGAAGGUGGAACCAACGUGAGCACCCCAUAUUUGGGGCCAUGUUAUCUCUGUAUGCCUAAUAAGUAAUCAAUAUCCGUUUGUUGAAUGAAUGAAAACUUCAGGUGCCAUUCAGCUUUUCCCAUCACAGAGGAUAUCUUACAUUCACUACCAAAUGAACAUAGGAGAUUCCAAUGAGUCUUAUUCAUCGGUAAUAGCUUGAUUACAUUCAACCCUUUUACUUUUAAAUUUAAAAAUUGACAUGAGCUCUUGACUUGGUUUUCAAUUAAAAACAAAAGACCUCAUAAAAUAUUUUCCCAUGAAAACUUUCCUUACUUGGCCUGAUCUGACACAGAUGUGUGAUCCUUGCUAUGGGGGGGUGUGGGGGGGCUAGAAUCAAUCUCUACAUGUCUCUGUCUACUGCCAACUGAUUAGGGUGACAUCUAUCAGAAACUAACCAACCUUGAGCAGUCAAGCUGCAUCCUAGAUUUCUAAGAUCAGCAUUGAUUAUUAAUGAAGCAAUUUAUUAACAUUAUAAAAGUUACAAUGAGUUUUGAUGCCACAAAUGCGCCUUCUAGGAUCCCAUUGUGUUUAGCAGUUCUGCAUGUUGAGAACUGGGUUUAAGUGAGUCCAUCAGAAUUUAUACAUGGAGGGAGAGUUAUCACCCACUUGGCGAAAUGGGACAUCUAACUACUAGGAUAUCCCUGAGUGAAUUAUGCCAACGGAAGUGUUAAGUAGUUCUGCAUGACUCUAAAAUUUCAUUUGUAUCAGCUUGCAAUUGUAAUUAAAAGGAAACGGCCAGUUUGAAAAACCUUUGACAUUGAGUAAGAUAUAACUGUGUAAAAUGUAUCAUUGAACUAUGAAGUAGAGUUCACGGCAAUGUAGCUGGAGUGAUUUUUAAUAACAUUCUUUUAAAUAAAAGUCAUUGAGGUCAUUUUUUCUAACUGUGCUCCCAGUGCACAGUCUCAAUCAUUGUGCUCAUCCCUAGUUGAGUUUGUAAUGAACUUCAUAAUAGUCUCAGAGUCCAGGGCAUUGCUUGUCUCUCUCAUGCUUUCGCCUUUGUUCUCUGAUGGAGUUGAAUUUCAGUUACACUUUUUCUCAUGCAUAGAGCCACCAUUCACAGAAUGUUAAACAUGGGUUCCCUAUUCUACUUUAUUAAUGUGAUACUACAAUUGUAACGACACUUUGUAAAACAUUGCCAAUAACAUAUUAUUUCAACAGCCACCUCAUCAUAGUUUGAUAAAGUAAAAUUCAAACAUGCAGCACCAAUUGAUAUUAGGACGACUAGUCUGAGUAACUCAAAGGAAAAAAAUGGGGAAAAGCAUUUAUUUAAUAGGUUAUAUUAACUAUGAGGAAAUGAUAACUUUUAUUCUAAUGAAUUAUUUUAUUUUUCUAAACUUUUGAGUUGCCUGGGCUCAGCACAUAAACUUCCUAGGAGGUAACAGCAAUAAGCUCUCCCUGUUUUGAACUAUGCACUGGCCUACAGUAAUUAUUCUGGACAGAACCCACUCUCUAAAAGAGAAGGUAGUGCAGGAAGAAAUUAAGAAGUUAAAAAUAAUUCUAUGUUCUAGAACUACCUUGAUAAAUGAAGCAAAAUAGUUUCUUUUGUUGAAAUGUUACCAUCACUUUCUACUCUAAGAGUAAAUAUUACAAGAGUGACA